GUUUGUGUAAGUGCUUACAACUAUGUGUGUGUAUACAGUAGGUGUUUCUAUGUAUUAGUAUAUAUUUAGAUCCUUGGAUUUCCCACAGGACAGAAGUAAUGAGAGGAAUGGACUAAAAAAGGGACAUUAGUGAUUAUUCCGACACUACAUGAAUGCAUCUUAAGCCCUAGCAACCACAGCAUUCCUUCUGUGUGCCCUAGCAACCAUGAAGGCUGAGCUGAGCGUGAUGGAGGAAAGAGAAGAGGAAGAAGUUACAAAAGAAGAGAAAGAAGACCUCUACAGCCGAGUCCAGGAGCUGAAGAGUUCCCAGGCAGCCGUCCUGGCAGAGAUAGACCUGUUUGAAUGCUUUAUCAGCCGCAGUGAUCCUCAGGACCGGGGGUCGCAGGCAGGAGGAGACGGUUUAGGGUCCCAGCUGGAGGGCGGGGGCCGUGGACGCAGGCGAAGGUCACGCUCCCACGUAUCACAUCACCUCCAGCAGCUGACCCUGGAACAAAAACUUUACGUGGCGCAGAGAGAGGUAAAAGAGACACAGCAAGACCAGGAGAAACUCCGACAGAGAUGUGAGCGGGUUCAGGAUCACUACAAGGUCACCUUAAAAGAGGCAGAAAUGCGUCUCUCAGACAUCAGGAAGGCUCAGAAAGAAUUUGAACGCAGACUGCUCAGACCUGUAAAGGAGACCAGACUGGGCAUGAAGGAGCCUGAGAAGGUGCUCCAGUUCAUCCAAGACAAGUCUAAGGUCACCCAGCUGGAGAAGUUUCACGUGAAGAACCAGGCCCUGAAGGUCCAGGAGAGGAGGCUCCAGCAGCAGCUCAUACAGAAGAGAGAAGCAGGGAGAGCCGACUACGAGGACAUUUUUCAGGAAUUUGAUGAGCAGAGAACAGAAAAAAACCUGGAUGAACUUCAAGUCAACAAUCUGAAGGUCCAACGAGCCCUGAGUGCACAGAAGGAGAAGCUGCAGAAGGUGACACAGCAGUCCACGGAGCUGAGCAGCGACAUCACAAACAGGAAGCAGACACUGGCCAGGAUUGAGGAGGAGAUCCAGCAAGCUGAGGAGGACCGUUUGAAGGCAGAGGCUCUAAACCAACACCUGCGCGGCCUUAUAGCUGAUUAUCAGGCUCCUGGUGUCAUGGAGUACAUCCUCAUUAAGAACAAACACAAAAAGCUGCAGAGGAGCAUCCACACACUGGAGAGGAAGGUUGGGAUUACUGAGAUGGCGCUGAAGGCCCACAGUAGAGCUGUGAACACUCAGAGAGCCACUUUCACUCCUGCAAACAGUGUCAACGUUGGAGCCGGAUCAGUGCAACGCCGAAUCCCAGAAAAGCUUCCUCACAUAGCAGAACACGGCACAUAGACACGCAAACGCUCAGAGAGAAAAGAUGCAGGCUGUUUGACUCUGGAGCCAGAGGGUUUAUUUGAAGUUCAUCUUUGUUUGAGAGCCAAGGAAGCACGACAGGUUGUGAUCGUACUGUCCCUUUAAAAAUUAUUCACCCCCUUUGAAUGUGUUACACCUUUACUGAUUUGAUAAUGGUUGAUAUAAUUUGGCUUUUUUAUGUACCAAAAAAUGUCAACACUGUUGAACAGAGGCUGGCAGCACUGGUCUCAUCAUUUUGUGUCAUUGUUUUUGUGAAGAGCCCCCCCUGGUGGUGGAAUUUUACACACUGUUCAUUUAAUCCUGUAGAUUUAUUAUUGUAAGCUGACGGCUUCCAUCUCAUUAAACCACGCCUCUGGCUACCAGUGUUAA